AACGUUCUCAUAACCUUUCCGUACGUGUAUACGUCGAUGUGUACUGUGCAAUUCAAUUUUAUACUUGGUAGUUCUUAAUUUGACUAAUUUUUUCUACAAUUAAACACACGGAGACACAGAAUGAAUUAUUCACUAUAUACGGUUCUAUUCUCGUUCAUUGCUGUGGUGGAUAUUGUCAUUGCAGAAUUUUCAGCAGAUGAUUGUAAAGUGUUAGGCUUUAACAAAGCCAACUUACUUUGUUCGACCUGUGAACACUUUACUGAACCCAGUUUAGCCAAAAUUUUGAGUUCAUGUAAAGAAUGUUGUCUAAAAGAUGAUUAUGAUUUGUCUGGAUCAAGACGAUAUCCUAAAGCUGUUCUCGAAGUUUGUACAUGCAAAUUUGGACAAUAUCCGCAAAUACAAGCUUUUAUUAAAAGUGAUCGACCAAAGAAAUACAAGAACCUCAGCAUAAAAUACGUAAGAGGUUUGGAUCCAAUUAUUAAACUAUAUGAUGCCGAAAAUAGAGUUGAAGAUGUACUUGAUAUACACAAGUGGGAUACAGACUCUGUAGAUGAAUUUUUGUCGACUCAUCUUUCUAAGGAUUAAUAAAAUUAGGAAAUAUAUUGCAUUAAUACAUAAUCA